GGCACGCGUCGUCGUCGUUCGUCGUCCCUGCGCCACCCGCCGUCGUUAUCGGUUGUCGUCGGGGUGGAACGAAAAAAAAAAGAAAAAAACUAUUCAGCCUAGAUAUUAUCUGUCAACAUGAAACGACGUGUUUCGUAAGAUUUUUGUUGUCAACGCGGUCGUAUUCUCAUCAUCAUUCCCCAUUGUAUUAUAUGCAGUUAAUAAUUAUUUCGUGGUUAUUGGUUCACGGAUUGUGUGUGUAUUAUGACAAAUGCCAGGAUAACUCAUCCAAGUCGUAAAGCUUUAUCGGAGAGUGUUAAGAUCUCCAAAUUUCUACUACUACGUUCACCCUGAUCACGAGUUUUGACCGUAGAUUUUGGCUUUUUUUUAUUUUUUCUUUUUUUUACAAUUCCGUAAUUCGGGUGCCCGAAAGAAUUGGAUUUGCUUCGAAAUGGCUCUAACCGACGAGGAAAACACUUGGGUUCUAGAUUUAGAAGCAGCUCUAUCAGAUGCGGAGGCACCGUCGGCGUCAGAUAUUUAUGCCAUAUGCAAGGGUCAGCCAGUGCCUGCGAAUCUUAGACCGGAUGUUUGGCAGGCUUGCUUGGAUGUAACUGACCGUGGAAAUCAAUUGAUUCACUUUAAUGAAGUUUUCGAUCUCCCUGAACAGAAUUUAAUCAGGGAUGAUUGCAAACAGCUAGUCGAAAAACUUGGUAAUGACGACGAGGAUAAAGUCUCGGUCGUUUCCGACCUGGAAUCCAUCCUAACUUUUUAUUGCAAAAGUAGAGGCAAAAAUUAUGAGCAAGGAAAUGGGUGGCUCGAAUUGCUCGGACCUCUCAUUGCUCUCAAAUUGCCACGCGCAGCGACUUACAAUUUGUUUGAGGCUAUCAGAGACGUCUAUAUUCCUAGAGGCGACACGCACAGUGCUGUUCUACGACUUUUGCUUCUUUAUCACGAGCCUGAAUUAUGUUCGUUUCUUGACACGAAACGCGUCUCUCCAGACUGUUAUACCAAAGGAUGGGUAAAUACACUUUUCGCGGGUGUUUGUUCACUCCCGGCAGUGUGCACCAUGUGGGAUAUUUACUUUAUGCAAGCAGACCCAUUCUUCAUGAUGUUUUUAUCUCUUAUCAUGGUGAUAAACGCGAGGGAACAAAUCUUGAGUAUGAAAGAGGAUGAAAAGCAAAAUAUAAUAGAGGCAUUGGCGGCAAUGCCUUGCGCUCUCGAGGCUGAAGACGUAACGGAUUUUUGUUCACUCGCCCAGUACUACGCGAUGAAAACCCCAGCCUCGUUUAAGCAAGAUCUGUAUUCAAUUAUGUUUGGCGAGGGUGGUGAUGAGAAAUUUAUAUCGCACGCGUUGUGCCUGCCUGUAACGGCGCAAGAAUUAGUCGAAAACGCUGGCGAGCCACCUUCGGAUUCACCCAACGAACCCGUCGAAUCCGUCCGAUUUUUUCUCGUCGAUUGUCGACCCGCUGAGCAAUACAACGCUGGACAUUUACCUACCGCCUUUCAUCUCGAUUGUAAUUUGAUGCUCCAAGAACCAGCAGCUUUUGCCACAGCUGUGCAAGGCUUGUUCCAGGCGCAGAGACAAGCACUCGCAGCUGGUUCUCCAGCCGGGGGUGAACAUCUUUGCUUUUUGGGAAGUGGACGCCAAGAGGAGGAUCGCUACACUCACAUGGUAGUCGCUUCUUUUCUUCAGAAACAUACGCAAUACGUCAGUAUGAUUGCAUCAGGAUAUCAAGCAAUUCACGAGUAUUUUGGAGUUUCAAAUUUGGUGGACCAUAACUCGCAGCAGUGUUUGGUUUGCAAUUCAAACAAUUUCGAUGGAGAUUCGAACGAGGCCAGUCCGGUCAAAGGAAAAAACAACAAUACCGAUCUUUUUGGAAAAAUUGGCAUGGCAAUGAGACUGAAGAGUCAAGAAGUCAAGGGAAAACUGUUCGACUAUAUCGUCAACCCAUCAGCGAGUGCUACAAGUACAAUAGAAAAUAAAAAUGGCAAAGUUGAGGAGGAAAACAGACGAGGCAAAAAUCCUCCUCCGGUAUUUAGCAUAGACGACGAUCAAGAUCUGGAUAUGAUUACGUGCAAACACGAGAGCGAGGAACCGGUCGAAGUCGUUUCCAUUCAGCAAUGGUUGAAAGAUCCAAAUUUGUUACAUUCCUUCAAGUGUCAAGAGGUCAAAGUCAACGGCUACGUUUACGAAAGCCAAUUAUUGGUAACUGAGAGUCACUUGAUCGUUUUACGAGAAAUCCAAGGGCGCAAGGGUGCAGCCCACGUAAUAGUGAAACGCCCGCUUUCGAGUAUCGUGAGAAUAACAUCGAGAAAACGUCAUCCCGACCUAAUUACGUUCAAAUACGGCACGACCCAAUACAACGACACGGUGUUAAUUUCGGACAUGGACAGGUUUCUUAUUCCAAACGCGAGCGAAGCUACCAAACUCAUAUCGCAGCAGAUUCUUAAACAAUUGAAGAAUUCUGAAUAGUAUUUCGGAAUGAAGAGAUCGAAGGUCGUUUUCCAGACAAACGACGUUGGAAUUUGCAUUGUUGGAAAAGCAACUCUGUAACUAUCUUCUUUCUUUUAAUUUAUUUUCAAAAUUCACGUUCGUUUAACGAAAAUGGCCCGAAAAAGAAAAUUCAUAAAUUGAAAAACUAUUUUUUACGACGGGAUUGAGUGAUGUAAGUUCCGAUAAUAUUUCGGAAAACACUUGGACCAUGAAUGAAGUCGUCUUACGUUAGCGGAUAUUAACGCCAAUAGCACAGGAAAGGAAAAGAAGACAGCGCAAAGGUCCAAAACUUCGAGUAAAUAAAAAUAGUAUUAAUUUUCUAUUGAAUUUUUCUGAUCGCCAUUUUUGCCAUUUUAUGUCUUUUAAGCAAGAAUUUCCGUAUCUUUUCUAUCCCUUCUAUUCUACACGUAUAUCGAUUGUAUGUUGAUCUCGUUGAUUACCUUUCGUCAUUACGUUCUUUUUCGAUCCAUUUUCUAAACGUCGGUCCGAAAUUUUCAUGAAAAUGAAAUUUUCCUGUCGUCGAGUAUUUGGCUAAUCAUUUUCCCUCUGGUUCUCGUAUCACACCGCGACGUUUUCGCCUAAUUUAAUCGGUAGUUUUCGAAUGGUGAUCGUAUAGCAGUAGAUCGAAACUGCGUCGAGUAUGAAAAAAAUAAAAUAAAUUAAAGAAAAGAUUCAAUGAUGAAUUUUUUCAAUUAUCAGGUUGUAUUUCAGUGCGUAUCGGUAUGUGCGUAUGCGCGGACGAGUGUUUAGGUGCUUCCGAAAGUAUAAGAGUCUUCAUUUGAAAACUCACGAAGCCAGGAGAAAAGAUAUUUGUAAUAUUUAUUCGUUGGUCCGUAUUUGAAUUUAAUGGAGAAAAGAAUACGCGGUAUAAGAAUUACAAGAGUAACGAUGAAAAUAUAUAUUAACGUUUCUAAAGGUACAGAUGGAAAGAAAGGGAAUGGAGGAGGGGGAGUGAAAAAAGAUGGCAAAGCAUAAAAACGACUACGAGACCCGGUGUUCAGAAGCGGUAGAGUCAGUGCAAGAGUGUUUGCGCUGCGUAAAGUAAAUUUUAUAAAUCCUUGUAUGAUAUCGUCGUAGUAAAUUAUCGAGAAAGAAAGGGGUCAAAGGCCGAAAAGAAAAAUCUUCAAUUGCAAAUACAAAAUCCGACCACGGACAAAUUUGCAAUCAGAGUAAACUUAUAUAUAUAUAUACAUAUAUAUAUAUUUCAAUAUUUAUAAUCGAAGAUCAAUCUGUCAAAGGUUAAUUGAUUUAUUAACGAAAUUAUACAUAAUUAAUAUAUAAUUGGACUAUGUACAUAACGAAUAGCAACAAAAAAUAUUGUAGACGUCAUAAAGAAAUGAUUGGCGUAAGAAAAAUGUUAAAAAAUAAAAACGAUCGAAUCGUCA